ACGUGUCAAGGGGGCGGGGCUUCUCCCCUCCGCUGCAGCCUCGUCCUCUUCGCUCUCUGAGGAGAAAGGAUGCUCGGCGGAGGUGAGGAGGACGGGGCUUCUUUCUCCCCUCCCGACGCCCCGGCAAGGGCCGCUGCCUCUUCCCCUCAUGGCGACUGAGCCCUUGUCCAGAGAGACGCCCGGCGUUGGCGGCCCUCCUCCGCUCCUCCCUCCCCAUCCUCCUCCUCCUCCCUCGGACUGAUGCGGCGGCGUUGCCAUGGCCCAGACGGAGCGCCCGGAGGAGGCCGUCUGGAGAGAGGAGUCCGCUCUGCGCGCCAGGAAGGAGGAGGUGGCGGCGGAGGCGGUGGGCGAGGUGGCGGGCAAGGCUCCUCCGCCGACGGAGGGGCUUGUCCCGCCGCAGCCUCCCGCGUCCCGCUUGUCCUCGCUGGCGCUGGUGGGGCGCGGCCUGGAGGAGCUGCCGGAGGGCCUGUGCGCGGCCGUGGGCGGCGAGCUGAGCGCGCUCUCGCUGCGGCGCAACCGCCUCGCGCAGCUGCCCCCUCCGUCCGCGCUCCGCCACUUGGUCCGCCUGUCCGAGCUGGACCUCAGCCACAACCGCCUGCGGGGCCUGCGCGACGAGGGCCGGGCCCUUGCCCUGCUGGGCGGGCAGCUGCGCAAGCUCAACCUCAGCCACAACCAGCUGGGCGCCGAGAGCGAGGGCGCGCUCCCGGCAGGGCUGGCUCACCUGCGCUGCCUGGAGGAGCUGGACCUCAGCUUCAACCGCCUCAGGCGCCUCCCAGAGAGAUCCCUGGCGCCUCUGCAGCGCCUGCGCGCCCUCGACGUGGACCACAACCAGCUGGGCGCCUUCCCCAAUGCCCUGCUCUCUUUGGGUGCCCUGGAGGAGCUGGACUGCUCUGGCAACCGCCUCCUCCGCGCCUUGCCCGAAGGCAUCUCCGCUUUGCACCGCCUCAAGGUGCUUUGGCUCAGUGGCACCGGCCUGGAAGCGCUCCCCGAAGGCCUGUGUCGCUUGGCUGCCCUGGAGAGCCUCAUGCUGGAUGGGAACCGCCUUGUUGCCCUCCCGGCCGGCUUUGGCGGCCUCCAACGCCUCAAGAUGCUCAACCUCUCUUCCAAUUUGUUGUCCGAUUUUCCCGCCGCUAUUCUGGCCCUUCCCGGUUUGGAGGAACUCUACCUGAGCCGCAACCAGCUCUCCCUGCUCCCCGGCGGAGUGAGCCAGCUGCAGCAACUGCGUACCCUGUGGCUGGAUAACAACCGGCUACGCUUCCUGCCGGACGCUGUUGUCCAGCUGCGGCAGCUGGAGGAGUUGGUACUGCAGGGCAACCAGAUCGCUAUCCUACCAGAGGGAUUUGGACAACUAAGCCGGGUCAGCCUCUGGAAGAUCAAGGACAACCCCUUGAUCCAGCCCCCUUACGAGGUCUGCAUGAAGGGCAUCCCCUACAUCGCAGCCUACCAAAAGGAGCUGGCUCACUCUCGGCCCGCCCUGAAGCCCCGGCUCAAGCUGGUCCUCAUGGGGCUCAAGAAUGCCGGGAAAACCUUGCUUCGGAAGUGCCUCAUGGAGGAGGAAGAGGAGAGCGAGGAGCUGGGAACUGGGAGGGAACUGGGGAAAGGCAGGGGCUGUUUCAUGCCGUCCCUGAGAGACCCGCCUCAACCUCUGCCCCCCAAAGCACAGCUGAACCGCCGUCCCAUUGUGGAGCAGCCAGAGCCGUCACCAAUGCCCUCUUUGUCCCCUAAAUGUCUCCUUUCUGCUGAGGAGCAGGAUGCACUCUCUGAUGACUCUCCACGGUGCCCGUCCCCCAAAAUGAAUGGGGACAUGUGCUUAGGGCGUUACCCUCUGCCGCAGCCCCUUGCAACCCCAGUUCCGCAUGCAGCUGGACUGCCAAAAGGCAGCAAGGGCAUCGAGGUGGCGGAUUGGACCGCUGAUGCUAAGCGGGGCCUGACUUUCAUUGUGUAUGAGCUGGCGGGAGACCCCAGCUACGAUGUCAUCCAGCCCUUUUUUCUCUCCCCCGGAGCCCUCUAUGUGCUAGCGGUGAACCUGAGCACCUACGCGCCCCAGUGUUUUUAUCCUUCAGUGGGCUACUUCCUGCACUGGCUGGGGGCCAAGGUGCCCCACGCUGUGGUGUGCAUGGUGGGCACCCAUGCGGAUUUGUGUGCUGAGCGCGAGGUGGAAGAAAAGUGCUUGGAUAUCCACCGCCAGAUUGCCUGGCAGGAGAAGUGUGACUAUGAGGGCCUUCAAGCUUUGGCCCAGCAGGUGGACGAAGCCCUGGGGCAGGAUUUUGACUUGCGCUGCUCCAGCCCGCACGUAGCCUUCUAUGGGGUGUCGGAUAAGAACCUCCGGCGCAAGAAAGCUCAGUUCCAGUACCUGCUCAAUCACCGGCCUCAGAUCCUCUCCCCGGUGCUGCCUGUGAGCUGCUGGGAUUGCUGCCAGGUCCGACGCUUGCGAGAGAAGCUCCUCUCAGUGGCAGAGCACCGGGAUAUCUUUCCCAACCUGCACCGGGUGCUGCCAAGGUCCUGGCAGGUGCUGGAGGAAUUGCACUUCCAGCCACGGGCUCAGCAGCUGUGGUUGACCUGGUGGGACUCGGCUAGGCUGGGCCUGCAGGCAGGCCUGACGGAGGACCGUCUCCAGAGUGCCCUCUCCUAUUUGCACGAGAGUGGCAAGCUGCUGUACUUUGAGGAGCACCUCACCCUGCGGGAGUAUGUCUUCCACAACUUGCCCCGGCUCAUUGACAUCCUCAACGUUUUCUGCCAGCGCGAUGCCACGGUCUUGCUCCAGAAGCUGCUCACCAAUACCCAUGUCGAUGAACUGAAGGCCAACCAACUCCACCACUACGUAGAAGGAUUCUUGCUCCAUGGACUCCUUCCGGCCCACAUUAUUCGCUUGCUUCUCAAGCCCCACAUCCAGAGCAGAGAGGACCUGCAGCUCAUCCUCGAACUGUUGGAAAAGAUGGGGCUCUGCUACUGUGUCAAUAAGCCCAAGUGCAAGCCCUUAAAUGGAGCCACAGCGUGGUACAAGUUCCCCUGCUAUGUGAAGAAUGAGAUGCCCCAUGCUGAGGCCUGGAUCAAUGGGACCAACCUGGGUGGACAGUCUUUUGUGGCUGAGCAGCUGGAGAUUGAGUACAGCUUUCCUUUCAUUUUCCCACCUGGGCUGUUUGCCCGCUACAGUGUCCAGAUUAACAGUCAUGUGGUUCAGCGGUCCGAUGGGAAAUACCAGAUUUAUGCCUAUCGGGGAAAGGUGCCUGUGGUGGUGAGUUACAGGCCAGCCAAAGGCACCCAGCAUCCAGAAACUCUGUCGAUUGCUAGUCAUGCAUCCCUACCAAAUAUAUGGACAGCUUGGCAAGCCAUAACCCCACUAGUGGAAGAACUGAAUGUACUGCUUCAAGAAUGGCCAGGCCUGUACUAUACUGUGCAUGUCCUCUGUUCCAAGUGCCUUAAAAGAGGGUCACCCCGCCCACACACCUUUCCGGGAGAAUUGCUGAGUCAGCCCAGGCCAGAAGGAGUGACGGAGAUCAUUUGCCCGAAGAAUGGGAAUGAGCGAGUGAAUGUGGCUUUAGUUUACCCCCCUUCACCAACAGUGAUCAGCCCUUGUUCCAAGUGACCUCUGGAAGACUCCUGCCUUCGCCCUUCCACAAGGACACACCAAACACCCCUUAAUCAAAUAAGCCCUUGCGCAGCGUUUUUGGAGAUGUGCAGCCCAGAGAUGGUUCUGAUGAUCCGUAGCACCGGGACAUCACAGCUUGGGAAAGAAAGAUUAAUGGGAGCAGAUGUGUUGAAAGCUGAGCACAAGACUGCAGUCUGCCCAAAUUGAUCCUUACCACAGCUGGGACUGGGCAUUUUUUUCUAAGAACUCUCUGCAUUGGCUCGUUGAAGCAGGAAACAGCAACCCCAUUUUGAUCUACUUUUGAACUUGGACACACUACGUUCUGAAAGCUCUGGAUGUUUUAAAAUGCUUCACAAGUACCCAGACAAGAGCAUUGCUGGCUCACAGCAGUGCACCGAAUCUGAGAACUCUCUGGACCUGUCAUGCGUACUUGUUUGGACACUUUCAUGAAUGUAAGAUUUUUCUCACCACGGUUACCAUUCAACUGUUAAUUCUGUGGGCAGUUCCCAUGCAGUUUCCUCAAGAAAUGGAAAAUUCUGUGGCUGUGAUGUGCUGUGGAAAAGGAAGCAGAAUCAAACUGGAAAAUACCUCUUCCGAAGGACACUUUCCCAGGGACUGAAAUAUAACUGAAACCCCAAACUGACCUGGUUUUAAAAGUAAUAUAUUAACUUGCGGAUGAAAGAUGGACUAAAGGAUUCAUUGCUUGACCCCUCAGCCUCAGGAUCAUUCUCUAGCAAAGAGCUGCUUGCCAACAGAAUGGGCUGAAAAGCUUCUCAGGGAUUAUGUUUAGUGUGCAGUUUCAAAGCCACAGCUGCAGUUCAAUGACAGCAAUAUCGGGGGCACUCCGUUUCCAAGUCUGUCAAAUGUGAAAGAGAGAUCACUGCUGAAGUUCACUGCUGUUCAGUAAUUUGUGUUUUUUUUAAAAAAAGAAAAAAAAUGUUUAUAUUUAUUUUUGUAAGUUUUUAAUUAUCUAUGCAGUUUAGACUUAAGUUCACACUGGGUGCAAAAUUCUGCAUGGGUCCAGCUGGUUUGAUGGUUUUGUCAUCAAUAUAAUGCAUGUAUGUAUCCUCACUCGUAAAACGUUUGUCACAUGUACACACCAAAUAUAUACUUCAGUUUCACAGUGAAGUUCCAUAGUAUAAUAAGCCCACCUAAAAUUCUAGCAUAGGUUCUUCUUGGAAUUCCUUUGCAGUGGAGGAAUACACAUUUUGAGAAUGAGAGAAGGUAGUUUCAAUUUUUUUUAGAACAUGUUGGAUGGCAGAAAAGUAAGCUAGGAAUUCUUUAUUCAUAAACAAUAGUAGGUCUCACAGGAAAAAAAAGUGGCAGGGAACCAAUGGAGCAAGGAAGUACAUGAGGAAAGAUACAUAUCAAUACCUUGAAAGUAGCAGAGCUCAUUAUGUUAAAACCUUGGAGUCUAAGGCCCCAUCUACACUGCCAUAUAAUCCAAUUUCUGAAUCCAGAUGAUCUGAUGUGAACUGGGUUUUAUGGCAGUGUAGACUCAUAUAAUUCAGUUCAAAGCAGAUCAUCUGGAUUCAGAAACUGGAUUACAUGGCAGUGUAGAUCCAACGUAAGAAUAUGUUUCAACUGUUGGUUGUAACAUACCACAGCAAUUGGCCUUUAUUGGUAGAGAACUCUUGGCCCUUUUGGUCACUUUUAACUGCCAUAGUUGCAGCCGGUAAACUUCUAGGUUUUAUAGUCUGGAGAGGCACAACAUCCCUUUGGCUGAGAAUUGUAGAUGUACCUCCCUAAACGGAAGUUCCAGGAUUACAUAGGAAGGAAUCACUGCAGUAAAAGUGGGAUCAUAGUGCUAUCAUUGUGUGAUGUAAAAGGGGCAUUGGUUUAUGUUCCGUGUUUUAACAUUAAACGUUAAAAACAAGCAGGUAAAUGCAACUCUUGCAAUUGAUUUUUUUAACUUUCUCUGUUUCAUGUAGGUUUUUUUGUCCCAUAAUUAUCAAGCAUAUUAACUUCUGAGUAAAUCUCAGUCAAUCUUGGAAAGCUGAUAAGCGCAAGCUUUGCAGAAUACUGCAGCUUGGAUUCAAAAGAAUAGGUUUAGUUGCAGCCCAGUUUAUUUUAACCCAAGCGGCAUAAUUGCUACUUUAUUACUCUGAUGUUAAAUUCUGCUCAGCUGGUUAAACAGAUUGUAUGUUAGAUAUAUACCACAACUGCCAGAUUGGGCAGGUGUAAUUGUAUGUCAUUCUUUACAAUACAAUCUGCCCUAAACUGUAACAAUAGUAGCUGAUACUAUUUUGCUGGAAUACCUUGAAAACAGUAACAGUGUAGAGGCAGCUAGUGUCCCUUGCUCAGACAAAUUCACAUAGUUCUGGAGCAUCCAUUCUUAUGUUCAAUGUCCUGUGCAAAAUUCUGCCUGAAUUUGAAGAUGUAAUUUUGAGAUGACAUGAGGUUCAGAGGAAAACCUAAACAAUGAUUAAGUUUUAUAAUUUUAUUUCCAUGUCAGGAGCAACUUGAGAAUUUGCAAGUCGCUUCGCAAAGAAAAUGGAAAGAGGGGAUAUGUGUCAACCGGUGUUGUGUCUGGUAUCAUGCGUGAAUUUCUAAUGCCAGUGACUUCUGUAUGUGCAGGUGUGCAUGUGUAUUUUGAAGGCCAUGGUGUUUUCUCUAGAGUAGUCCAAUGGACAGCUCUCUGUACAAAACGUUUAGUUGGGGACGUUGCAGUAAUUCUCUGUAUGAUGGAUCUUGCUGGCACACUCUGGUCUAGGGUUGAUUUAAUUGGAAUAAGCCUAGUGCUGGAUUUAAUGGUGAAGAAAAGUUCACAAGUCAAUUUUGACAUUACUUAAAAAUAAAAUAGAUUAGCGUUCCGAACUGUAGUGUUUAGGUUUGCCUUAAACAGUUUCCAGUAAACAAGAUCAUUCUGUGGUAAAGUGCCAAAACAGCAGUGCUAACAAAUGGUGGUUACAGGAUUUGAGUACUGGCAGAUAGCGUCUAAUGGUUAGAUGUCUAAAUGCACCCCAUCGUUGAUGUAACUUUCCAUGUAGCACUGGAUUUUUUAGGGAGGGCUUCUAUUGGUUUGAGUUUCCCUGUGUAAAACCAAAAUGAAAAGUUGGCACAAUCAAUGGGAGUGGGAAAGCAGUUGGAAAUUGAACCUUCCCUGCUAUCAGCCCACAAACAGAUGGACUUUUGUUCCCUUUUUUGUUAUUGGGAAAGUAACUUAAAAUACUCAGUAUCAUAUGUGUGACUCAACAUAAAUAAUUGUUUUACUUGAGUUGUGAAUUUUAAGAGCAAGUACAUUUUUCCAAAAAGGUUCUCAUUUGCCAGGCACCAGGUAGACAGGCAGAUCUUCCAAUGAGAGCAACUUGGGGGAAACCAUGCUGCAGAGGACUCGGUUGUGGGAGAAUCAAUGAAGGAUUUCUAUCUGUUCUUCCAGGAAGAGGGUGAGAUUUUGCUGAGUGAAGCGUCAUUCCAGGCAUUACUCUUAACUGCUGGAGACUUGCCCUUGGAAGCAGUCACAUUUCCUGUUCCUAGCUACUAUGACAGGGAAAAGCUGUUUUCUAGAAUUGUGUCACAGUGCUGCCAAACUAAACAUGUGUCAUUGGCUUUUAAUUUAUCAAAAAGUUUAACUAUGACCCACCUUGGUGAUUCACUCCUGGGAGAACAGGAAAUUGGAGAAGGGUUUUGUUCAAUAGAGGGCAGCGGGGGUACUAUAUUUAACAGCUGUCUGUUACUUCUCCAUGUUACAGCACAGACAUUUUUUUACAAAAAGAAGAAAAAAAUGAUCAACCCAAACAAUACACUGAGAAUAAAAAAAUCAUCUUAAAUUUGA